AAAAGCGGAGUGGCGAGUGGAGACGUUCGGCGCGCUGUAAUUUGAGAGCGCGUAAAAGCGCGCCGGACUCCGAUUACAUCCUCGGCGUCUCCUAUUAGUGCGCAUACUCAUACCAGACGCUCCAGAUGUGGACAUCGUCCCCGUCAGGUCGGUCAGACCUUCCGAGCGGACAGAAGCGAUCUAUCAUGUCCCCUUUCGCCCUCGGUCUGUUUUUAUUGCCGCUCUGCGGCGCGGUCUACGAAGGACCUUUGCUCCCCGAAAUGUCCAACGGGACUUUUCACCACUUCUUCGUCCCCGACGGCGAUUACGAGGAGACCGAAGACCCGGAGAAAUGCCAGAUGCUGUUUAAAUGGAUCGACCGCAGACCGUGUCCGCUGGAGGAAGACCGGGACUCGCUCGUCCGCGAGGACUUCAUCGUCGUCAAACAGCAGAUAGAAGACUCCGCGCGCGUUCUGGAGAGCCUCGGAAAGAGCGUCUCCUACGACCUGGACGGCGAGGACAGCUACGGCAAGUACCUGAAGAGGGAGAUCGUGCAGAUCGACGAGGCUUUUACGAACGUAGAGAAAUCUCUCCUGGAGCUGGAGACCAAGUUCAAGCAAAGCCAGGAUACCGAGCAAAGAGAGGAGAGCGAGUUCACCAGUAACUUCAUCAACCCCAUGCUUAACGCGAGGGACACCCUGCAGGAAACCCUGGACAUCUCUUCGGGACUCAAGGAUAAGCACGAGCUCAUCUCUCUGAUCAUCCGGAGUCACGGAUCCAGGUUAAGCCGGCUUAAAAACGACUACCUGAACGUUUAGAGACUCUGGACAGACUACAGUCCGAGUUGGAUUGUUUUGACGAAGUAUAUGCUAAACGUUGGAUCUCCACGGUUUUUUUUUUUUUGGGGUUCUUUGUGGCUCCUUCACGCUUAAAAGGUUUAGGAUUGUAUGCAGUUGUUAUAUGUUCCUUUGGAGAUUAAAUAAAAGUUAUCGAGGCUUCA